AUGGAGUGGGCAAUGUCCCUCCUUGUGAACCACCCAGAGGUGCUGAAAAAGGCAAGAGAGGAAAUAGAUUCCCAUGUGGGCCAAGACCGUCUAGUUGAUGAACUUGAUCUCUCCAAUCUCCACUACCUUCACGCAAUCAUCUCCAAGACCUUCCGAUUAUUUCCCGCAGCACCAUUGUUGGUGCCACAUAUGCCAUUAGAAGACUACACGAUCGGGGGAUACUACGUGCCACGUGGUAGCAUCUUGUUGGUCAAUGCAUGGUCAAUUCACAGGGACCCUGAGGUUUGGAUGGACGACCCCACUAGUUUUAAGCCUGAGAGGUUUGAAGGAAGGAAGUGUUUCGAGUGGGAGAGGGGCAGUGAAAAACCCGUUGAUCUCAGAGAAGGAAAAGGAACAACCAUGCCCAAGCUUGAGCCACUGGAAGUCAUGUGCAAGGCACGCCCCAUAAUGAAACAAGGUUAUAGUUUAAGCAAAAACAGUGCCCGAGGGAAACCCACUAUGGACCUUCGGCCGAAGAGGCCUGGAAAGUUUUCUUUGGGUUGA